GAGCUUUGCUUUUUGUAAUUUUCUAAUUUUGCAUUAAUAUGGCUGAUGUUAUGGAGGACAUUAUGGCUUGGUUUGGGUUUAAAAUCGAAAAUCAAUCUCGAGAUCAAUUGAAUGAAAGAGGUUCUCACCGCACUGUGUCAGUAGGUGAUUCAUUGUAUGCGUGGGCUGGUAAACAGGAUGGUUUACCUGAUGUACAUGAUAGUGAAGAGAAGAGAAGAAUCACUAGUAACAUACAGCACUUUAUUCCUUCAACUGGUCAAUGGAUCACUAGACAUACUACUGGUACUCCUCCAUUAGGAGUGAGAGGAUAUUGCUGCACAGCAAUAAAGGAUCAACUGUAUUAUUUCGGGGGGUGGUGUGGCCAUGACGAUUGUGAUCACAACAGUAUUACACAACUGGAUACUGUCCAAUUUCAAUGGAGAGAAUUAGAGCCAACUGAUGCAAAUAGACCAGUUAUGAGGAGAGCUUAUGGUGGAAUGAUAUCAUUUGAGGAUGAUAGAGUACACCAUUUACUAAUGAUAGGAGGGUAUGGAUCUAAACCAGCUGUACAACUACCUCAUUAUAAAUAUAUUAAGUUACCUAAUGAAAACUGGUGUACUAAUGAGCACUCAAUAUAUAAUCUAUUGUCAAGAAAAUGGAAUAAUCCUGUGAUUAUUGGUCAGUCUAUACCACCACCUAUGAGUGACUUUGUCAUUGAAAAGAUUAACAACACUAGAGCUGUUCUGUUCGGUGGACUGGAGACUGAUGAUGAUGCUAAAGAUACUGUGACUAACAAUAUUUAUAUAUUAGAGAUAUCAAUCGGCACUGUGCUCUGGCAAUGUAUCAAGAAACCUGAAGCAAUAGACCAAUGGCCUGUGGGAAGAGGGUUUCAUGCAGGGGCUAUUAUUACAGCUAGAUUAGGCUGUCCUAUGCUAGUGAUAAGUGGUGGGAGGGAUAAUAAUAAUGAUACAUUAGAUGAUUGCUGGAUUUUUAAUGUCACACAAUAUUCAUGGACAAAGUUAGAUAUACCUCACAUUGUUCGUAAGAGGUGGGGUCAUUCUCUCUCAGCAUUCAUUAUGAACCCUCAUUGUGUCUGGAUGAUAACUGUUGGAGGAGCUGUUGAUGAGAGACAAACAUUAGUCAUUAAUCCUAACAUUGUUAUGUUAACUGAACUAGUUACUGACAGCAGAGGAGAGUGGACAGUAGGUGAGACAUUCGAUACCAAUGAAAUGAAUAGUCAAGACUACAAGAAGAAGUAUCAGCAGCAACUACAGUCAGGAAGAAGAAUAUGGUUGGAGGAGUACCAGAAAAGAAAUGCUGAUAUUGAGCUAUCCAUACAAGCUCUCAUGAAGAGUCUUGAAGAGAGGGAAAAGGAAAAGGAGAGCGAAACACAAAUUUAUUAUCAACAAUUAUUGGAGCAGAUGGAAAAAAGGAAAAAGAAGGAAAUAAUGAUUUAUCGUCAUCAGCUACAAGAGAAGGAUAGGGAGCUUCAUGUGGUACUACAAGAGAAUCAAGAGGCUCUACUACAGAAGGAUAUUGUGAUACUUGAGAAGGAUAGGGAGCUACAAAAGAAGGAUUGGGAGCUACACCAGUCUCAAGAGUCAGUUCUUAGGUACCAGCAACAAGCAGAGCUUACAGAUGAUCACUGGGUUAUUAAUAAAGAUGAGGUGACUUUGACAAAGGAAGAGUUAGGAAUAGGAUCUUAUGCUGUUGUUACAGUCGGCAUCUUUAGAGGUUUAAGAGUAGCUGUUAAGUCGCUUCAUACUCUCGUUAUCUCAAAUUACAAUCGAGGUCUCUUUUGUAGGGAAAUGAGUAUGGCAUCACAAAUACGUCAUCCUAACCUGGUCCAGUUUAUUGGUGCAACUAAAGUUGGAACUCCUCUUAUUUUGACCGAGCUGAUGAGCACUAAUCUUUAUAAAAAGCUUCAGGAGAUUGAGUUAACCAAUCAACAGAUUUUUAGUAUUGCUCAAGAAGUAGCAUUAGGCCUCAACUACCUUCAUCUGUUUCAACCUCAGCCUAUUAUUCACAGAGAUGUCAGUAGCCCUAACAUAUUGUUAAAGCCAUGCACUGGACCUGCUGGCUAUGAAGCUAAAGUAGCAGAUUAUGGUACAGCUAAAUUGCAACAAAGCGCUAGUACUGGUACUGUCAUGCCAGGCAAUCCAUCAUAUGCUGCACCAGAAGCUCCUAUUCCUGAUCAACACAGCCCAGCAAUGGACGUCUAUAGUUACUCUGUACUCCUUAUAGAAAUGAACUUACGCCGUCCACCAGAAAUGACAACAGCAGAGAGACGACGACAAGCUGGUAAUGUAUCCUGGCUUGAUAUGAAAUCUCUGAUACAAAGAGGACUUCAUGCUAAUCCUAGAGGUCGUCCUACUAUGGCUCAAGUAUUGAAAACAUUAAAUGAGAUGAGAUUAAAUUAAUUAUUUUUGUUGUUGUUAAAUGUUGUUGAUUUUGUUGUAUUUUAUUACUGCUGCUUUUUAGUUUCAAUAAGUUGGAGUUUAUUCUCUUUUUGUAUUUAGUUUUUCAUUGUGCAUAUUAUAAUUAUUA